AUGUCGUUGUCUGUAGCAGAAACAGAGCUAACCAGCUUGUCCAUGUCUAGGUCUUCUGCCAUGGCAGGUGGGACGUGUCCCAAACAGGGCCCCGUGGACUUAGACAUAUACCAAAGCUCCUACAUGGUUGACUAUAAGUCCUAUGGGGAACACAAAUACUCCAGCAUUUCACCACAAGAGCAGGUGAAGCUUGAUGCUCAACUCCGGGCCAAAGAGUUUUACAGGGUCAUCCCCAGCCCCAACCCCAAACUGGUGGAUGGAUACCCAGCCUUCAAAAGACGUCACAUGACUGCCAAAGACUUGGGGCAACCCGGCUUCUUUCCGCCACCAGAUGGUGCAGCCACGGCAGAGGACCAGAACAAGUUCACCAGUAGCUGCCAUGCCAAGUACCCGACUUCCCAAGUUCUGCACCUGACCCAGGACCAUCCUGACCUGGUUCACCAGAGUGCUGACUUACCAUGCCUCUUGGAGUCUGAGCACCAACCUGCUGCAGAAGAAGACAAAGGCUACCUCCUAUUGCCUGGCUGUUCUUGUCCUCAUCACCACAUGCCCAAGGUCCCUAUCUUGUACCGAUGGGGACCCUUGAUGCCAUUUUAUCAGUAG